CUGAGCUGCCCUUCUUUUAUUUUUUAUAACAAUUUUUUUUUACAGUAAAUUUGAGUGACUUUUUUUGAGUUAGUGGUCCAAUGAAACGGCGGCGUGACUCGUGACCUUGAAGCAGCAGACGCACAUUUAUGUGAAGAGGAUGUGAGUUGUGCCGAGUCAGCAUGAGACCAAAGUUGUGCGUCUUCUGGCCAAAAGGGGAAACGUGGCGUGUGUGGAAACUUCCUCCUUCUGUGAGGUGAAGUUGCCCACAGACGGUGAUGGGUGUGGGGUGGUGAAGUCAACUUCCUGUGGGGGAAAGUUUGCUAAUUAAAAAAUGUUUAAAUAAAAACCCCACGCCGUGCGUCACUUCCUUUGCGAUGUGGUCCCACGCUCUGUCUAUGCACAUGUGAAACUCCCGCCUGCCAUCAGAGCACCACAGAUCAUCAGAUGGCUCACACGGCGCCAUCGCCUCUUCUCCUCCUUUGGCUCGUCUGCCUCUGUUGCCACGCCGACGGAGACUGCACCACCAACUGUCCUACACCAGAGACCAUGGUCAGCCCGCGCUGUGAGAAUGUUCUGGAAGACUGUCUCAGCGGGAACCUUUCCUGGACCAGGUGUUACAAGCAGCACAUAGUCAGUUGCACACCAGCACGUCGAGGGAAGCCAGGCUUUAUUUUCCUUCAAGUUGAAACAUCCAAUCAGGUGGAGGUGCGUCCCACGGUGGAUCACGACGUCCGCAUGCCGUCGUCGGCCCUCCAGAGAGCGGCGAGUGGCGAGGUGGUGAAGGAGGUGAAGGUGGUGAAGGUGGUGGUGGUGGUCACCGUGCUGGACAGCAAACACUUCCAGCCUCCAAGGAGGAAACGUGGAAGACGAGUGGGAGCGACACACACCGUGUUGGGGGACACCGUGCUGGUGGUGCAGGCAGGAAGUUCCCCGCUGCAGAACCUCUCGGAACCAAUCAUCAUGUCCUUCAAGCACAACGACAUGGUGGGUGAGGGCAGGUGUGUGUUUUGGGAAGAGUCUGCCCAGGAAGAAGGGACAGGCUCCUGGAGCUCAGACGGCUGCGACACCAACGACACAGGAAGUCACUUUGUGUGCCGCUGCAACCACCUCAGCUUCUUUGCUGUACUCGUGAACGCCGACAUGACGCUGAGUAAAGAAGACGCCAUCAACUUGAGUUGGAUCACAAUGGUGGGGUCGUCUCUCUCGGCCUUCUUCUCCACCCUCAGCCUGUUCCUCUACGUCUGCCUGCACAAGCGGCAGCCUGAGCGAGGCGUGGGUCUACAUAUGCACCUGACGGUGGCGCUGCUGUGCCUGCACCUGUGCUUCCUGGCCUGCAGCCUGGGGGCCCGCGGGGCCGGGUCCUGGCCGUGCGGGGCCCUGGGUCUCCUCCUGCACUGGUCCCUGCUGGCCACCAUCACCUGGUCGGCUCUGGAGGGCUUCCACCUGUACCUGCUGCUGGUGCGGGUCUUCAACAUCUACAUCAGGAGAUACCUGCUCAAGCUGAGCGUGGUGGGCUGGGGUCUGCCCACGCUGGUCUCUCUGGUCUGUGGCCUCCUCCAAGUCUACGGCAAGUUCCAGCUGCAGCUUCCUGACGCCAACAAUCAAACUUUUACGCUGCAGAUAUGCUGGAUGAGCAGUGAGUCCACUCACAUGAAGGCGGUGAUCCUGGUCACCUCGGUGGUGUUCCCCAGCCUGGUGGUGCUCUUCAACUCCUGCAUGCUGGCCCUGGUGGUCUGCAAGCUGAGGGCUGGUGGAGGCUGGCAGAAGAAGGCCAAAGGUGGUGGUGGUGGUGGUGGUGGUGGUGGGGGCCGCCUGUGGAAGGACAGUGUGAGUGUGGUGGCCCUCAGCUGCCUGCUGGGGCUCCCUUGGGGUCUGCUGAGCACCACCUAUGUGUCCCAGGCUGGCAUCUACCUAUUCACCCUGCUCAACUCUCUGCAGGGUGUCUUCGUCUUCUUGUGGUCUUUGGCUCUCACCUGCAAGUCUUCGUCUGACACGUCCUCAUCUUCAGGUGACACUUCCUCUCAGAAGAUCAUCACCACCUCCUUCAACAACUGACACCUCACAC